AUGGCUCUUGACCACGACGACGAAAAGAUGCUGCUGAGAGUCCUGCCGACAGCGCUAGCUAUGAACUUGGACCAUGAUUUCUUGAGGGUGGCGGCGUUCUUCCUUCGACACUUAUCCUUCCACAACCACAACUACUACAUGAUCAUUGACAAUUAUUUUUUCUUUGGCGCCGACGUCAAUGUAAGAUGGAUGCACAUGGACGGCCGCACCGCUCUCAUGCAUGCCUUCUCUCUGUCAAUCGACGUGAAAAGACGGCCAGACUUCUUCGCGGAUUGGGCUGCCUUGCUCGUUCUUCACGGGGCCAACGUUGACGACGACCGCGGCUUGGGGCACACGCUUCUCAUAGAGGCCUGCUACAUGGGCCUUUUCGACCAGGCGCGUGUCCUCCUCUCGGUCGGGGCUUCGCCAACUACGGCGUUCGUUGAAGCCGGCGUGCCUGUAAUGGUCCAACAGCCUCUCUGGCAGGGUGGCGUAUACCACAUGAGGUGCAACGGCAACGGUCUUCAGAUCCAGGACUUCACGCCCCUGGAGAUCGCGUGUCUGCCGAGAUUGCACGCCUUUUCAUAUGGGUUAUUACGUUAUUCGGCGAGAGGCAACGCCCAAGCAGAGGCGAGAGACCAGGCCUGGCACGCGUCGCGGUUGGCGUUCGUAAAGUCCAUAGCACCGACUUUGACUGACACCUUUGGUCAGAUGAUCCUGCGGACGGCACUGUCUAUCGCAGCUGAGGGCCGGGAGGUAGACGUUGUCCGCGCCCUGCUGGAGGCUGGUGCAGGCCUUACCGGUGGACGUUGGCUGUCCUUGGGCAGGAUUGGACACUUGCCUCCACUUGUCGUUGCUCUGCGUACGUCGGAGGUCUUUAGGUACGAGCGCGGUGACGCCGAGAAGACGGCCAGACUGCUGCUCGAAAGCGGUGCGGAUGUGAGGGAUUUGGACGAGUUUUCGGACGCUCUGUGGAAAUUUGAUCAGAUCUUCAGGAUCACUGCCUCUGAGUACAAACGUCCGGAAUGA